AUGCGCCUGCUUCUGGGGAGUCUCUUUGCUUGCAUAGUUUCCAUAGGAGUCUUCCAAUUUCGAGCUCGCUAUUACCCUGGUGAAUCCGAUUGUAACCAAGAUGCUCCCAUUCUUCUGUCAAACCACUCGUGGAAGGCCUGCAAUGUAUUCAGUUUGGAGUACGAAGAGGCCAGGACGAAAUUUAGGGCAGCGGUCAAGAGUCUGGAGGGCUCUACAAAUGUCGAAAGUUUCAUACUGCCCGUUGUAGAUGAUUUGACAAUUGAUGUCGCCGUUCUCAAAGGGACAGGGAAGGGUACGAUUGUGCAUGUUUCUGGAACACAUGGCGUGGAAGGUUACGCAGGAUCUGCAAUUCAACUUGCAUUUCUCGACUACGUGAAUCGAGAUAAUCUUACAUCAGACCGACCUACGAUUGUACUUGUCCAUUCGCUUAACCCUUAUGGCAUGAAGUUUUACCGACGCGCAAAUGAGAACAAUGUCGACCUCAAUCGCAAUGCAAUUGAUAAUUUUGACGAGUUUGUGAAGAGUAGGGACCCAAAUAUUGCCAGCUAUGAUACCUUUCGUGACUUUGUGAGCCCUGAACGAGAGCCGAAUCUUUGGGAUAGCACUCUUGGUUGGUGGCUGGGUGCACUUCCAAAAGUUUUGAAGAACGGAUUUUCACCAAUGAAGCGAGUCUUGGUGGCAGGUCAGUAUCACCAUCCUACUGGAUUCUCCUUUGGUGGCACCAGCAUGCAACCUUCUAUCGAGCUUAUCGAAAACUUUAUGGUACAGCAUGGCCUUCUCCCAGGAGAAGUUACUUGGAUUGAUGUACACACGGGACUUGGGAAGAUCGCGAAGGAUACAUUAAUGUUCGAGGCAACGACGCAUAGCCAAUCGUCACUUCGGGUCUAUUUCCCAACCGCCGAACACAUUGUAACCCCAGAAGUACAAGACAAAAAAGCAAUGAGUGGAUAUGAUUUGACGCGGGGUAUUCUGGCUGCAUACUUGCAGGAGCAGUAUCCUGAAGGGUUGUUUAUUCUUCAGGAGUUUGGGACUUUGCCUCCCAUAUUUGUUGGACGCUCACUCAUAUUGGAGAAUAUGAUACACCACUAUGGUACAAAUAAAGCGGCUGGAAGAGCGCUGCUACAGACUUCGUUCUAUCCACAGUCGACAAAGUGGCGAGCAUCCAUAGUCCAAAGGGGUGUAUCGCUAAUCCUUCAAGCUGUGGAAUUGUCAGCACGAAGUAAAUAG